AGCAGAGUGACUGUCACGAGCGUGUGCGCGUGAGCUGCAAACUGUUCUCGUCCAUUCAGACCAACAUCAGCGUCUUAAUCAGGAACGUUUCCCUCCUCAGAUUGUUCCAGUUUUCCUCCCAACCCAGUUUAGGAAAUGUUCUGAGUCAGAGGAAGGAGGAGGAAGAGGAGGAGAGAGGAAGAUAAACAGCUAGAGGAGGGAGACUGGGAGGGCGCAGCGUCCAGCAGCAGCCGCGCAGAGAAGCUUUAAAAAGGUGAGAAACAUCCGGAACAUCAACACAUUCACAUGGUGGAGCAGCAGAAGCAGGGCGCGCGCUAGCUGAGGAAGAGGAGACAUCGGGAGGAAGAAUGGGAGAGGCUCAGUCCAGGUCAGUGAUGCUCCAUCAUCAGGACCAACACCUGAACUCCGUCUACGGAGGCACCGGCUCCUCCUCCUCACUUCAAAACAGGAAGUGUGACAAAGACAACAACUUCAAUUUCCUGCUGGGAAAAGAAGAUGAAGGUUUCACUGGUAACGGAGGCGAUGAGAACCGGAACCAGGUGCGUCCUCGUAACUUAACGCUGGGGCGGGACCCCCCAAGCCCCUCCUUGCCUUCCUCGGGCUUUCACCACAACCCGGGACUCAUGUCGCCACGCUCCCGCCUCCCCUGCUGGAGUCCCCUUGAGCCACUUCCUGAAAUCGAGACCGGAGACGACGGAUACGGUCGGGUGCCCCCCGAUGGUGCAGAAGAGCAGAAGAUGGAGGAAGAAGGAGGAGGCAUGAUGAUGAGUCAGAGCGAUAAAAAAAGAGCGCUUCAGGAGAUGAAAGGCAGUGGGAGGCAGGAGGGGGCCAAUGAGGAGGAUGAUGAUGAGUGGGGGGACAGCGACUCGGAGUCUGAGUUCAGCUGCCGGUCCGGAGGCAGCAUGUCAUCCAUCAACAUGGAGAGCGGCGGCGAGGCGAUGCUCAUGGGAGGAUGGGACCGCGUUGGAGUCGGGGAGCCGAAGUCCAACCAGCAGGAAGUGGAUUCAACCAGAAACGGCAUCAGCGAAGCGGCAGCGAGACGCAGAAGCUUUGGCCGCAAGUCACUGACGGGAAGCCUCCUGGGGAACCUGCCGGAGGAGCGCAGCAUUGACGACCAGUCCUCAGAUUCAGAUGGUGAGCCAGAGCUCAUGGACGCCGUGUGGACGCUGCGGGACCGCGAGCGCUUCAAGGCGCAGGAGAUGGAGAAGCACCAGGUGCAGCUGACCAUGUACCGUCGGCUGGCGCUGAUCCGGUGGGUCCGCACCCUGCAGGGCCGAGUCCAGGAGCAGCAGAACCGCCUACAGUCCAGCUUCGACGUCAUCCUCACCCACAGGAAGGAGCUGCUGAGGAUGGGAGCUGCUGCUGCCAUUGUAAGCUCCGCCCCCACCGCAGCUGUCGGCCAAUCAUAAAUGGACGCUCUGCAGUGACAUCACAUAGCUCCACCCUCAUGUCAAUGAUUGUAAAAAGACUGAACUCCUGGACCAAAACCAUGAAAACUAGAUCCACCUUCUGCAUCGCACCCGACCAAAAGCAUGAAAAGUGGACCGAGCAUCUGCUGUUGUUCACCUGUCCCACCUGUCUGACCUUUCGAUAUGAAAACUUCGUAACUGGACAAAUAAAAGAUCGAUAAAUUGCAACGUCUGUGGUAUAAAAACCCAGGACUCUGGAUCCACCACAUCCACCUUCACUCACCUUAAAACACACCUGGAGAGGUUAGUCGCUGAGAAAUGAAAGCAAGUGCUAGCGUCUAUGUUAGCAUCGAGCUCAGAGGCACAGUUAGCUUGUUGCUACCUUUGUACUAAAAUAAUGUUAACUCCAUCGGAUCCGCCCCUGGGUAACGUUAAACUGGGACCAGUAAACUAUCACUGGUUUUUCUGGGUCUGUUAGAAUAUUUAUUGGAAGUUUUGGAGCUAAUCGGGGGAGACCGGGGACAGUUCUGUCUCUAACUUUGAGCUCUUUUAACCCAGGGUGUUGAAACCUCUGCAAACCAGCUUCAGGUGUCUGCUAAUAAAUGGCGUGGAAGCUCCGUGUGCAGCACAGACAGAAAAUGUAUGACUAAUCUCGUCCUUCGGGUUCAUUGCCAUUGUCUCUCUGCGGCUGUGACAGAAUCGGGAGGCCAGCAGAGGAGCCUGGACCCACGCCUUUACAAGCCACUGCAGAGAAAAACACGCCCGCCAAGCCGUCUUUGCAGCACCACCCACGUUGUAAACAGGAAGAGGCUCUGGCUGAAAUUUAGCUAGUAACGCACCGUAGGGUAGCGCUAACUGAGUUACUUUAUUUAAAUAGUAAUGCAUUAGAGUAUUAGUUACUGGCAAAAGUACCAGCGUUACAGUAACGCGUUACUACCCAGCACCGGUCCUGAGGCCGAGAAACCAUACUGUAAAACUUUUUCAUCUGGGACGCUGCGUGUUUUGCUUCACAUGCUAGCAAACGGAUAUCAACACACCGGGUGUUUUUGAACAGGCUGAUUCAGCAACAAGACAUUAUCUGGAGAGGAAAAGAAAGAGAGGCAGAGAUAAGACGAGUCAAUAUAAGGCUGUCUGUUGCUGGCUGGAGAUCUCAGGGUGCAGGUGGGAUUUUAGCCGUCGAUAGCUGAGCAUGACUGGGAAAACUGGGAACUGUCUGCAGUGUGUCUUUAAACUACAUUAACGUGAUACGGUCCAGGUGGUUGGUUCUGCUUGAGUAAAAUGCAGCGUGAACGCAAACCAAAGGGGCAAAGAUGUUUGAGGAUUUUACCUCCGAGUCGAACCAAGACCGCCUGAUUGUCCUGGUGUACUCACAACAAAAUGUUCUAACUGUCCCCGAUGAGCUAGCUUACUAUACAACUAACAGCUAAAACAUUCCCACAGAGAACCUGCCAGACACAAGCAACCGAUGCAUGUUUGACAUGUUCAGCUAAGGAAGCUUUGUAAUUA